CUUUCUAAGUAGUGCGUAACAUUAGAACUUUGGCCUGUGGGUCUUGGUUAAAGGAAGUGCACUACAGACACAAGUGUGCAACAGAGAGACGCAAGCUUGAGAUUACAGGAGGAUUUAAUGUACUGUAGGUUUCAUCAGACUUAAAAACUCACACUUAGUUGACUAGUAUUAUGAGGGAGACGGAAAGAACACAGGAGAGUCCCGGAUAAUUGAAUGACUGAGAGAGAGAGAGAGAGAGGGAGGGAGAGAGAGAGAGAGAGAGGGGCACAGGUGUGUCAGUAUGUGUGUGUGUGUGUGAAAGAGAGAGGUUGUAAAAGGAACUGCAGUGUGGAUAUUCUGGUGGCAGGAGGUGGUCUAUUCAGACUCAGUAAGUAUGGAUUCAGAGCCUGGAGCUAAAACGACAUUGGACACUGUGCCUGGAAGUCAGCACCAGUCUGAAGAGGAUGAAGAGGGUUCUGGGAACCAUACAGAGCCGGAACCAGUCGUUUUGUGGAUUACCAGUGGGCGACAUCUGACCUCUGGGCUCUUUGGCCUCAACAUUGUCCUUCUUGGAGCCGCUCUGGUGGCCGGUCAAGCCUUCAACCCUCAGGGACUCGCACACCAGGAGCCCCAGAUCUUCAUGCUGCUGUUGAUGGGCUUUAGCCUGGUCUGGAUGUUGUGGUACCUCCUGUGGGCCAGGCGGAAACCCGGGGUGAUCCUCCAUAAGGACCACCAUGCUGGGGGAAUCACAGUCACAGUGGUCCUGAUGCUGUUUGCAGCCUUCAGUCUGCUGCUGCAUAUUAUCAAGAUAGGCUACUAUUUCAUGAUGAAGGAUUGUCAGCCGGCUGUUAACGUCUUCGCCCCCUUCAUCGAGGUUCCAUUUCUGGGGCUACAGACGUAUUUGCUGUGGGCUCACUCCAAAGACUGCAUUCACAAGCACAAGAUCAUCACCAGGUCUGGCCUGAUGGUCAUUCUAAGUGCAGAUCUACUGCUUUGGCUGAAUGCAGUGACAGAAGACUCCAUCCAUCUAGAGAUAGAAAUGGAGAAAGAGGAAAACGAGAACCUCAACAACUCAUCUGACACUGUAAAGACACCAGAAUCAGCCGGGCUCGUCAACCAGACGCUGUGCGAGUGCAGCGCGGACAAGAUGUGCCUGAUCCUCCGGAAGGGUUACGAGGUGCUCUAUCCCUUUAACAUGGAGUACUACCUGAUGGCCGGCUGCAUGCUCUACGUAAUGUGGAAGAACGUGGGCAGGCGAAUAGCCCCUGGGGCAGUACCUCACCAGGCCCAGAAACUCACCCUGCGUAUCGUCCGGCAGGGUGGUAUCCUGUUCGGGCCGCUGUUCGGGGCCCUGGUCCUCAUCGCCGGCGUGGUUGUCUUUAUUCUGUAUCAGUUCUGGGUCAACCACCGACAGCAGCGGCCCAUGGCGUUCCUGCUGUUCUACUGCUACCAUCUCGUUGUGAUGCCCAUCAUGUCGCUCUGCUCCCUGGCGGGCAUGUUGAUCCAAAAGCUGGAGAGACGGGCGAAGGAGACAGGACACAAUCCCACCCGCAGCCUGGACGUUACCCUCCUGGUUGGAGCAGGCCUGGGCAAGCUCACCCUGUCCUACUUCUCCCUGGUGGCGGCUCUAGCCGUGGGGCCUAGCGAGUACCUGGGAAGACUGGACCUUUCCUACUCUGUCCUCUGCUUGAUUGAGCUCCUGCUGCAGAACGUAUUCAUCAUCGAGGGGCUCCAUCGGCACCCAAGCCUGGCCAAGGCAAAAAGAAAGGUGAGGAAGGACAUGGACAAAAUGAAAGAAAUACAAGGGAUGGUUCUUCUGGACAGAGGAGAGACAUCAGCACCACCUGACAAGCCUGCAGGGGAUGAUGGGACAACUACCUGGUAUAAAACAGCCACACAGGAAAUCUGUGCCUUCCUCAUUUUCUCCAAUAUAAUGCUGUGGAUCAUCCCAGCGUUUGGAGCCCACCCUCAGUUUGAGAACGGACUGGGGAAGGAGUUCUUUGGUUUCUCAGCCUGGUUUGUCCUGGUAAACCUGGGGCAGCCCCUGGGGGUGUUCUACCGGAUGCACUCUGUGGGAGCCCUGAUGGAGUUACUCAUCACAGCCUGAUGGAGGGAGAUGUUGGGAGUCUGGGGGAGAAUCUCAGUUUCCUUGAAGCCUCACAGCCUCUGUCCCCACCUCAUUUUUAAAUUGUCUGGAUGGGAACGUCAGAUGCCUCCGGGAUGAAUAGAAGCCAACUGAUUAUAGUAUCUGACCAGCAACCAAAAGCAAAAAAAAUAAGUCAGUGAGCAAGGCAGUUUUGCUUUAAAUGAGAAUGUUCUGAUCAUACCUAGUGAAAGUAUGAAAGACAAAAAGCUGUUUGGGGGUGGGGGAGGAGACAUUCCCUGAAGUCCUGUACUCUUCUCACAUUGUUUCACUUGAGUCCUAUCCUUCACUUGAGUCCUAUCCUCCACCAUUCACUUGGGACAUAAGGCCAGAAUGAGAUCCCAUCAUCCAACAUCCUUGGUGAAAUGUGGACUAAUGACCAGCUAAAUAUACAAGCACUAGAAAAAUGGGGCAUGUGCAGUUUUUUUUGGGCAUUAAUUAAAUAUGCACUUAUAUUCAUUAUUGAUGUAAUAAAUGGUUUAUUACAUAAAGAAAAUAAAUGCAUAUAUGCACAUACUUUUUUCCUGACAGGUAACAUUCGAUUUGUCUACUUUCUCCGGU